AUGUCAACACCAUUAAAGGAACAACUUUCAAAGCAAUUAAAUUCAUGGACCUAUUUCUAUGCUCCAUUUGAAGGGAACGGGGACGAUUGCAAAAAUGGCAUCGCGCAAAAUAUAGAGAACCUUAAAGCGACAAAUAAGGAUAUUGAAAAUUAUUUGGAUAAUAUUAAAAAAGCGGCAUGCUAUGUGGACAAAAUGUAUAAUUGGGAGAACAACUUAUUUGGUAGUGUUCGCUGUCAUUUUCUGUACUAUUGGAUUGGGGAAAAAUUAUCUAAGAGUCUUACAGGUCAUAAAUUUAGCGGCCUCCUAAAUAUUAUUUGUUCAAUAGUGCAGCAAGAAUAUGUAAGUAAGGGAUGUAGACUUAUUUGCCCUGGCAAUAUUGACCAAAUCAUUUUCAAUGAAAUGAAAGCAGUAUAUGACUUCCUCUAUAACUAUGACACCAUAUAUACUCGUACAAGACAACGUAGGACUGAAUGUAAUCAGCAAUAUACGGAUUAUGUUCAAGGCAUUUCAGAAUCACAUAAAAAAGUGGAACACCACUGUACAGACAAACCCAAUGAUGAUUACUGUAGAAAUAUUUGGACAAAGCAGAAAACAGCAAUUCAGGAGAAAUUAUCAGAAUUGCAAUGCAAACCACCAGCUGCAGAAGAAAAAGUUACGGAAUGUCCCUCUGCGGACCAAGAACUACAAAUAUCCUCUUCGACCCACCCUAACAACCCUCCUUCCACCACCACCACGGCCCUUUCCUCCAUAUUUGGCACCUUAGCAACCAUAGGUGCCCCUUUCUUAUUAUAUAAAUAUAAACUUCUAGCCCCUUGGUUUGGUAACAAUUCUAAUGGAAAAAGCAGAAUGAAAAGGUCUACCGCAAGAAACCCUGAUACGUUCACAGAGAACAGCUCAACACAUGAUUCAACGGACACUUCCACAAUAGGUCCAACGGAUAUAGCCGAAAAUUCCACAGUGCGCUCUGGCGUGUACACUACACCGUCCAUAAGACAGUCUACUCGGAGAACAAAUAAUGCACCAGGUCGUCAGAAUAUAGGUUAUCAAAACAUGUAA